AUGAGGAGCCCGGGUUGCAUCAAAGACGUUCAAAGACUGGCAGGAAGGCUCACCGCGCUAUCUCACUUCCUUGGGGUGUCGGCAGCAAAAGCCCUGCCCUUCUUCAACCUGAUGAGAAAGGGGAUAGCGUUUGAAUGGACCCCGGCGUGCGAGGAAGCAUUCAAACAUUUCAAAGAGAUCCUCGCAACUCCUCCCGUGCUCGGGAAACCCAAAGUCGGAGAACUGCUCUACCUGUACCUGGCCAUAACGAACGAAGCGUUGGCAGCAGUUUUGGUGGCCAUAACGGACGAAGCGCUGGCAGCAGUUUUGGUACGGGAAGAAGGGAAGGCUCAAAAACCAAUCUACUUUGUGAGUAGAGCAUUGCAAGGAGCAGAACUGACAUACAACAAAUUAGAGAAGCUAGCUCUGGCACUACUAACCUCCUUCCGAAGACUAAGGCAGUACUUCCAGGGUCACCAGGUAGUCAUGAGAAUGGACCAGGGAAUUCGCCAGGUGCUCCAAAAACCCGACUUGGCGGGAAGAAUGAUGACUUGGGCCAUCGAGCUAUCUCAGUACGAUUUGCGAUACGAGCCCCGACAUGCGAUCAAGGCACAAGCAAUGGCAGACUUCUUGGUGGAAGUAGCGGGGGACCCAAUCAAGGAAGCGGGCAUACAGUGGAGGCUCCAUGUAGACGGGGCCUCCAACCAAACGUCCGGGGGUGCCGGGAUCAUUUUGGAAAGUCCUACCGGGGUCAUAUACGAACAAUCAAUCAACUUCGAGUUUUCCGUAUCAAACAACCAAGCGGAAUACGAGGCCCUCCUGGGCGGCUUGAUCCUAGCCCGAGAAGUCGGGGCCACGAGGCUGGAAGUAUGUAGUGACUCGCACGUCGUUACCUCGCAGGUGAACGGAAGCCACCAACCCAGGGACUCGCUAUUGCAAAAGUACUUGAAAAAGGUCAAAGAGCGAGCAAAGCAGUUCGAGGAGGUCACGGUCCAACGCGUUCCGAGGGAAAGGAACACACGGGCAGACCUCCUAUCAAAGCUAGCGAGCACAAAACCGAGAGUUGGCAACAGAUCCCUUAUUCAAGGAAUAACAAAGGAAUCAGCAGUCGCCUUCCAACUAACAAAGAUAGGCCCCUCCUGGAUGGACCCCAUCACUGAUUUCCUAAGGAGCGGCAAACUCCCUGAGGACGAGAAGGAGGCUAAAGCAUUAAGAAGGGAGGCGGCCAGAUAUGCGAUCAUACAAGACCAACUGUUCAAAAAGGGACUUAGCCAGCCCUUGCUAAAAUGCCUCCAUCCUGACCAAACGGACUACGUGACAACUCGAUUCGGCAUCCCGGAAGUCGUCAUCUCUGACAACGGGACACAGUUCACCGACAAGAAAUUCGUGGAGUUCCUCACCGGCCUGGGCCAUAAAGCAGAAAUUCUCCUUAGUAGAGCACCCCCAGACAAACGGUCAAGUGGAGGCCGCAAACAAGAUCAUCUUGCUGGGCCUCAAGAAGCGGCUGGACAGCAAAAAAGGUGCAUGGGCCGACGAACUUGCCUCGGUCCUCUGGUCCUACUGAACGACCGAGCAAUCGUCCACAGGGAAAACUCCUUUCCGCCUGACGUACGAAGUAGACGUAAUGUUAACCGUAAAGAUCGGCGAGCUGAGCCCACGACUACUUCUGAAGGGAGUAGAGGAAGUGGUAGAGAAAGACCUGGCAGAGGAGGCUAG